UGCAAACCGCAAGAUUUAAUGGAUCGCAUCUACGAACGUAAAUUAGCACAUCGUCUUAGUUUAUUCAUAUUUUAUUGGGGCGCCAAGUAUCCCCCCAAGCGAAGUGAAGUACAAUUUUCAGAACCCUUAAAAGCUGUAGUCGUAACCAGACCAAGGAAUAAAGCUUUUAGGAUUUACUACAAUCAAGCCGUAUCUAACAAUAACGGCCAACUAUCCUUGGUCAGUUGGUAUGAUGGUGAAAACUUGGGCUUAAGCAAAGAGCCUCUUUUGCCUUUAGCUUCUCGUGUUUACGCAAAUUUCCAUGGAAGAGUAUUUCGAGUUCCAGUAUUUCAUUCGCCGCCUUGGUUUUGGGUUAAUUACAAAAAUGACACCAAUGGCAAAGGGUCGCAAUUAGAAUAUGAUAAUCGCGAGAAUCACAAGAGAGAAGAGAGUUCGGAAUUCCAAGAAGUCCAGGUAAUCGGUGGCCGAGAUCACCGCCUUUUGCAAUUAUUAGCUAAGCAUAUGAAUUUUGAAUAUGUUUACAUUGAGGCGCCGGGUAGAACGCAAGGAUCAUUGCGUGCGGACAAUGAGGAUAACGAAACAUUUACCGGUGGUAUAGGUUUGCUACAAAAUGGAUUGGCCGACUUUUUCCUAGGUGACGUCUCAUUAAGCUGGGAACGACGCAAGGUUAUUGAAUUUUCGUUUUUCACUUUAGCCGAUUCAGGCGCUUUUGCCACGCAUGCUCCACGCCGUUUAAAUGAAGCUUUGGCUAUUUUGCGGCCUUUUAAAGCUGAUGUUUGGCCUUAUUUAAUACUAACGAUUAUUUUCUCGGGUCCUGUAUUUUAUUUUAUAAUAGCUAUACCUUUUAAGUGGCAGGCUGAAAACGAUAUCAAUAAGCAACAUAAAUUUUACAUGACUUAUAUAAGAGAAAUAACGCAUAUAGAGGGCAGUAUUGAUGGCAAUCGACACGGAACACAAAAACCAGAUGCAGAAAUACCUAAGAAUUUAUUUGAUAAAUGCUUAUGGUUUACGGUGCAAUUAUUUCUUAAACAAGCCUGCAAAGAGUUAUCCUCCAGUUACAGAGCAAAAUUUCUCACAAUUGUAUAUUGGAUAGCGGGUACUUAUGUUUUGGCUGAUGUUUAUUCGGCGCAGUUGACAUCCCUUUUUGCAAGACCGGCACGGGAACCUCCGAUAAAUACUUUAACGAAAUUGCAAAAAGCUAUGCUUGAGGACGGCUAUCAAUUGUUUGUAGAAAAAGAAAGUUCCUCGUUGGAAAUGUUAGAGAAUGGUACCGAAAUAUUUCGUCAACUUUAUGCUUUAAUGAAAUUGCAGAAUCCUUUGGAAGAUGGCUACCUUAUCGAGUCGGUAGAAGCCGGUAUACAUUUAAUUGCUGAUGGGCAGGGGAAUAAAGCGGUUUUGGGCGGCAGAGAGACUUUGUAUUUUAAUAUUAAACAAUACGGAUCAAAAAAUUUUCAACUUAGCCAAAAGCUCUACACACGUUAUUCAGCGGUGGCAGUACAAAUCGGUUGUCCUUUCCUUGAUAGUUUGAACGACGUGUGGCAUACUGGACAAAAUGACCACCGCCGAAUAUGAAACACAGUCCCGUUUCCUUAAUAAAGAUAAAACAUGUAAGACGAUACCUCAAAUGAUAGAUGAGAACGAUG